AUGAGCAUGACAUCUGAUCCAAUAACUUCAAAUUUUACAACAGAUGAUACACCAGUAGUGGUUACAACUUCAUCAUUACAACUCGGUAUUUGGAUUACAACAGGUUGCGCAUGCUUCGCUUAUGGACUUGGUUUUGUUGGUAAUGUUUUAUCGUUAAUAAUAUUUUGCACACAAGAUGAAUUUCGAAAAAUUUCAACAGGACUUUUAUUUAUAUUAAUAACAAUAUCAAAUUUUAUUCAUUUAUGGACAUUAGCUUCAGAUUAUCUCACUCUAUACAAUAUCGCUAUGUAUUCAAAUAUGCUUAUGCAAUGUCGAUAUUCAUAUUAUAUACAGAAUAUCAGUCGUGCAAUGAGUACUUAUUGGAUGGUUACUGUAGCACUUGAUCGUUUGAUUCGUACUGAAUAUCCAAUGCGUUCAAAAAAGAUAUGUACCAAGCAAAACGUAAUUAUAAUAAGUACAAUUUAUUUUGUUAUUUUUGCUGCAUUUUGGUCAUUCUAUCUCGUACCAGUAAGCAAUCUAAGUUUCAUAGCAGGCACUUGUGCUUCUAUUCAAUCACCAGCGCUUACUUAUUUUUCGAAUAAUAUUCAUUUACCUCUGCGAGCUGUACUAGUUUGUCUUAUUCCAGUAAUACUAAUGGUUUUGGCAAAUGCACGUAUGAUAAUGAAUGUUCGUCAGUCAAGAAGACGUGUAACAGAUGGUACCACAAUACCUUCAUCAGAUAUGAAUAUUCCAGUGGCUAGUAUAUCAAAUUCUUCACGAAAACAGUCUUAUCGAAUGUCGGCACUUGAUCGAAUGUUAUUUUAUAUGAUGUUAGCCAAUGCAAUUACAUUUAUUACAACACAAGUCCCAUAUCAUCUUUUUAUAUGUGUACGAAAUAAUGUGCCUGGAUUACCCUCAAAUACUUCUUCAUUUAUACGUGCAGUACUUUUAAUUUGGUCAAGUCUUUACUUUGGCAUUGCAUUUUACUUUUAUUGCUUAGCAUCACCAUUAUUUCGACAAAAAUUUAUUAAAAUGCUGAAGAAAGCCAUUUGUCUUCAUGGAAUAACUCACUCAACAGCACAUAGGUCAAGAAUCCAUUGA